CCGUUGGUUGUGCACGCGUUAUAUUUUUUUGUUAGGCACGACUUUCUUGUAUAAAUAGCAAGUAGCAACGUUUUAUAAAACUGAGAUUUCGACUAAAAUGCCUUGGAAUAACUCAAGGAAUGAUUUUGAAAAUGCUCUAUAUGACUCCCAAUAUCCCGAUGAAAAUGCAGAUGGUGGUGUCCAGUUGGACCACUGCAGGCUGUAUGUGACCAAUUUACCCAAGAAUCUCAAUGAGCAGGGCUUGACAGCUUUGUUCUCCAAGUUUGGCAAUAUUGUGAAGAUUCACCUGAGCAGAGAUCCAACAAAGCGAUAUGCAUUCGUCUUUUUUGAGGCAGCAAGUCAGGCGCGAGUUGCCAUGAUGAAACUGAACAGGACCGAGCCCCUCAAACUCAAUAUUGCCAUAGCACAUAAGAAAAAUAGUCAGGACCAAAAUGAGAAUAACAAUUCAAGGGCGUCCAGAAAUUUUGACAGACGAUCCAUGGCUGAUGAUUAUGGAUCAGAGGGAAGAUCAAAUAAUUGGAAUAAUUCAGAUUGUCAGAAUGAUGUUUAUGAAGAGGAAUUGGUAGAUGACGAACUUGAAAUGGAGGAAGACCUAGAUUUAGAUGUAAGACUCCAGAUGCUGAAUCUGAAAGAAGCUGAGAUCAAGUUAAAGAAGAAAAUACUCUUCUUGAACCAGCACAAAAAAAUGAAUCAGCAAUCUCAGCAAGGCAAUCGCAGUAUCUUGCCCGACGGAAGGAUAGUUGUGCGGAACGUCGGAGAACGAGCAAAGAGUGGCAAACAUGUAUGUUGGGCUCCUGUGCAGGAGAACUUCAGCUCUGCUGCUGAUGACUCGAAAACGCCCAGUUCCUGUGAAGAAACAACACGCGGUCCACGCGGACAAAUAAACGAAGACAAAAGCAAUCGUAAAGAUAGUGGUGAAGAUGACAGUACCUUAAAAUGUUGCCAUGAUAUAGAUGAUGGUAUACUACAAGAAAUUACGGAAGCAGUAUUCGAUGAGUAUUGUGAUAUAGACAUUCCUCUAGAUAUAGUUGUAAAUCAUAGAAAUGAAGUAGGCUGUGAUGAAAGUAACAUUUGUGAUAUACAUAGACUUAGGGCAAAUGAUUAUGAAGAUGUUGACGGUGAUUUAAAAUUUGCAAUAACAUUUGCUGGUUAUCCAAAAACUAAAAUACAACUACAUGAUAUCAAAAGAUUCAAUCAAUGUGUAAAAGACAUAAUUGGUAUUCAAAAAUCGAGCAAAUUGCUUCGAAAUUCCCCAACAUUUCGAGAUUGUUAUAUUAAUAAUGGAGCGAUAGUGUGUGUUUUCAAUGAUUUUGAAAGUAAAAGGUGGUUGCUUAUUAUAUUACCUGGCAUAAAAGAGCGUAUGAAUUGUGAUUUUUUAUUAUUGAAAUGUGAAACAAUUCGUUUAUGGUUAACUUCAAUCGUUACACCAGCAGAGUCUUCAAAAUUCGCCGAAGAGUUUCUACAACAAUUGCAAAAACUCAAUCCUGACUUAAAAACAGGUCAGUGGAAAAUAGUUAAGAAAAUAAAUGUUUCUAACGUAGAUUACAUUUCUAUUGUUAUUGAUAAAAAAUCAUAUGAAAUCAUAAGGAGCUCUACUUUUAGAAAUGUAAUAGAUUUCAAUGAAAUGGAAUUUGAAAUAGAAGGCUCAAUUGAUAUUUAUGGUAAAACCUUAUCCCUCGAAGAUGAUUUCUGGAGCAUAGCUUCAAGAGUUGAAAUUUUAAAAUCUUUAAAUGCUGCGGACACAAAAUUUGUAAAGGAUAAUGAAAAAAAAUUAAGUAAAGCCUCUGACUUACAUGAGAUGAAAGAUAUAAAGAAAAAAAUUGAUGAAUUAUAUGAAAUCAACAUAGAUUUUAAAAGAAAUAUCCUUAAAAAUCCAAGGAUAAAUGAUUAUAAUGAGAUUAUUAUUGAUGAACUCAAGAUAGUGGUGGCGCUGUGUGGUUACCCAAUGUCUAAAAUAAAUUUGAGACGUAUGGAAUUAUUUAACAAAUCAUUGAAAGAUAUUAUUGAUAUGCAAAAACAAUCGAAUUUGCUUAAGAAUACUCCAAAAUUCUUGGAUUGUUAUAUCAACAAAGGGGCUAUCGUGUGUAUUUUCAACGACCUUGACAGUAAACAAUGGUUUGUUAGAGUUUCUCCUGGUCUUCAGGAACGAAUGAAUUGUCGUCUAAAAUUUUUCAGCACAGAAACGACUCGUUUACAUUUAGGUAAAAUGAAAAUUCAGGAAGGACUUUGCCCAGCUGCGGUUAUCGAUGUAUUCAAAAACAUGCAACUUUUUAAUCCAAAAAUACACAAAGAUAACUUUAAAAUUAUUUCCAAACAAUGUAUAAAUGGUAAAAUACAUGCUUUAUAUUUCUUGAUUGAUAGCAUUUCGUAUGAAACUAUUCGAUCUUUUACCUUUCAAAAUGACGUAGAUUCCGAUAAAAUACAAUUUAGAGUAAAAGCUGGUGAGCUUGUCUAUUAUAGAGUAAUUUCCUUCGAACCGGAUUUGUUAAGUUUUCAAUCAAGAAUAAAACUUCUAAAAGACUUAAAACCAGACGUUUUUAAAGUAUCUGAUCUAAAAAGAAACAUAUCAACAGAAAAUUAUAAACCUUAUGAAUGCGAUGAAAGUAAUGACGAAGAUAGUUCAGAUGAAAUGCACAAUUCUUUUACUACAAAAACAGCUGUAAGACCGAGAUCUGAAGAAUUAAUUACUGAAGACAGUUCAGGUGAAUUGUAUACUGAAUGUGCCGAAAGAAGGUUACAAAAAGAAUUAAAUAGCAACUCACCUAAUAUAAAAUCGGACGAAAGCGGAUCAUUAAUUGAAGGUGAGGAUAUUUUAACAAAUUCUAGUACAGAAGGAAUAAGUAACUUGGAGGAAGGAUUCACAGAUACAUUUGUAAAAGAAUCUAAUACAUUAUUAAAUAGCUCUUCUGAGUCUGCAAAUCAAGAUUCAAUAAUUAGAGAUAAUGUUCUUUGUGAAAUCAUGGCAUCAAAUAUUUUAGGAGUACAGAAAACUUCAAAUGAAAAGUUGUCUGAAGAAUUUUCCAAAAUAAACGCAAAUGUAAACAUUUCAAAUACUUGGGAACUUAGGGUUCGAAAAUCAAAGUCUUACGACAAAGAAAAUGUAAAUGAAAUCAAUUUCGAGACCACCAAUAAUAUUAAUGACUCAAAAACAGAGGAUACAGACAAAUUUAACGACACUGAAAAAAUAGAAAAUUUUAUAACAGUAGGUGACGUGAAAUCAGAGCAGUCUUUAAAAAUUGUUCAUCAAGUGAUAAAUAAUGGUUCCAGUAUGGAUGAUAGCGAUUCUAAUGAAAAUGUAACAGCAAAUGAAGUAAGUUCUACUUUAAUUAAUUCAGUAAAUGAAUCUCCAAACGUUCUCCAAAUUUAUAUUUCGAGUGACUUGAAAUGUGAAAACCCAGAAAUAGACGAAGUAAGUACUUGUGACAGUAUUGUCCUCGUGAAAGACGAAAAUAGAAGUUUGCCGAAACAACAGACAGGAAAUUCUAAUAAAAUAGUUGAUUCUUCUGAUCUUGAUCGUGCCAUGUGUGAUGAACUUGAUGAACACAAUGAGCCUGAAGCGAUAAUCACAUCCAAAUUGUACGUCCAUAAAGAUUUCAAGAAUGUAGACUUUACCGGUGAUAUUGAGUUUAAAUCAGCUGCAAAUAUUAACGAUAACAUUUUAUUUGGUGAUACUGAUUAUUCUAAUAGAUACCGAAAAAAAGAACUGUCCUAUUACAGAUGCACAAAUUACUUGUAUGUCGAUAAAGAAUUAAAAUUGGCUGUUGUUUUGGAGGAUUAUCCUACAGCGAAAUUAGAUAAGAGUCACAUGCGACAGAUAUCUCGAUUAUUUAACGAGUGUCUAACCAAAGAUGAGGAAUUGUUUGACGAUGAUAUUAUUCCACAAUUUGAAGACGUUUAUAUAUCAAACGGUGCUAUAGUAUUUAUUUGUGAAAAUAUAGAAACAAAGGAGUAUUUCGUAGAAGUUUUACCAGAAAUAUCCACAUCACUCGGCCUUAAAUUGAAGCUUCACAAUAUAGCACGCUUAAUUAGAUUUUAUAGAGUAUCUAUGACAUUACCACUGGAAAUAUCCCAGCUCGAAUCCAAAGCAAUGUUACCUACCCUCCAAGAGUCAUAUUCAAAAUUGCAAACUAAUGCUUGGAAGAUUUAUUCUGAUGUACCCGGAGAACAGACACGUGUAUUUGGAGUGGAUGGCAGUUCCUUAAGGUUUCUAAGAAAGUCUAAUAUGACCUUAGAAUAUGAAGGACACAUCGUUACAUGUGAAGAAAUAAAGAAACCGAGGCCUGAUAAUCAACCGAAUGUUAUAAAUAUAAAUACUGAUACUGCUGAAGAAAUAGAGAAAAAUUUAAGAGAGAAAAUAAUAAAAAUGAUGUACUGUGAAUUAGAGACCUCCGGCAAGAAGACAUCAUUGAACAAUCUUAGAAACAAAAAUAGAAAAAACAAUUAUAGUGAUACGAUUCCUGAUGAUUUCAAACUUUAUAUAAGCGCUACUGAGUAUCCAGAGGUACGUAUAGAUGAAAUGAACUUUAACGAUAUAAAACAGGCUUUGGAGGACCUUGUGGGAGACACUUGGGGUACUUAUGAUGCAUUUAUUCCGAGAAUCUACGAUAUAUAUUUGUGCGAAGGUGUUAUUUUUGUAAUCUGUAAAGAUAUCCAAACAAGAUUUUGGAUUGAAAGUAACAUCAACAAUAUUGGUCUCUCUCUAGAUUUCACCAUAAAGGCAACAGAAUAUCGAGGAGUUGUAGGUAUCGUUAACAUGAAAAUUAAAAGUAUAAAAAGCUUUGAAGAAGUAGUAGCGAUAUUGCAGAACCAAAACCCAAGGCUACGUACCAAGUUUUGGAGGCAAACCACAACAAAAACAAAGUAUCCGCAAGUUGUUUUGCAAAUGGAUGCCCUAUCUGCACAAGUUAUAAGGAGUGAUAGUUUUAAUGGUAACAUAGAUGGCCAAAGUCCGGAAUUUGAUUUUGGAUACUUACUUUCUAUCAUUAAAAAAAGACCUAGUCUAGAACCAUUUUGCAGUGAUGAUUAUAAAAACAUCACAAAUGACGCUGAUAUCGAUGUAGCUAACAAUAAGGAGAAUUAUAAAUGUGAUAAAUGUCUCAAUGAAAAUGAUACUUUCUACUACAUCGGUAAUGAAAAUUACAAUAUAAUGGAACAAAUGGAUGCCAUAGAUGAUGAUGAUUAUUGUAAGGUGGACUUAAAAAUACCACCAGACUUUCUGACAGCCAAAGGUUGUUUGGAUGUAAUUAUUGGAGUACUGAACGAAAAGAAUCCGAAACUCAACACAUUUUUGUGGAAAAUAGAGCCAUCCUCUGAUGUAGGGCAUUUCACUGUAUUUGUUGAUAAAACUUCGGCUCGAGUUAUGGAAGAAGAAGAUUUUGAUCCAUCAUUCGCUGGAGAAAAUUUGGAAUUCCAAUUUUAAAAUUUGCAUUCCAUUUUAUAAAAUAGUAUACAUAUCCAAUUAAUCAUUUUGUCUUGUAAGUUACUGUGAUUGGUUAUUUUAU